AUGCCACCCACGCCGCCGGAGACGGAGACGGAGCCGGAGUUCGCCGAGGUCGACCCCACCGGCCGCUACGGGCGGUACACGGAGGUUCUUGGCAAGGGCGCCUUCAAGACGGUAUACAAGGCUUUUGAUCAACUUGAAGGGCUAGAAGUUGCUUGGAACCAGAUCAAAGUGGGAGAUUUACUUCGGAACAAUGAUGAUUUGGAGAGGCUGAGAUCAGAAGUGCGGUUGCUUAAAACCCUCAAGCAUAAAAACAUAAUAAAGUUCUACAAUUCAUGGCUUGACAGAAGAAACAACAAUAUAAAUUUCAUCACAGAGGUCUUCACAUCAGGGACGUUGCGCCAGUACCGGAUUAAGCACAAGAAGGUAGACAUUAGAGCUUUAAAGAAAUGGUCAAGGCAAAUCUUGAGUGGUCUUGUCUACCUGCACAGCCACGAUCCACCUGUAAUCCAUAGAGACUUAAAAUGUGACAAUAUAUUUGUGAACGGAAACCAGGGUGAGGUAAAGAUUGGAGACCUUGGUUUAGCAACUAUCCUGGAUAAUGCACGUUCAGCUCAUAGUAUCAUUGGUACACCGGAAUUCAUGGCACCGGAACUCUAUGACGAGGAAUAUAAUGAGCUUGUAGACAUCUAUGCUUUUGGGAUGUGUUUACUGGAGCUUGUUACAUUUGAGUACCCAUAUUGUGAAUGUUCGAAUGCAGCACAGAUAUACAAAAAAGUAUCUGAUGGUGAAAGGCCAGGUUCACUGGCUAAGAUUGAUGAUCCUGAAGUAAAGUUAUUUAUAGAGAAAUGCAUUGCUAAAGCCACUGAAAGACUUUCGGCAAAAGAACUCUUAAUGGAUCCUUUUCUCCUAGAUGUUAGCGAUGAAAAAAUAUUCUAUCCACUGCAUCCAAAUAUUAAUACAUCAGAUACUGGUAGUCCAAAACCAAGCUCUAGUUUCAGAUAUGACAGAGUAGCAUCAUCUGUGGGCCGCCAUGAUCGCUCAGGCAGCAUGUCAGAUUCACAUCCUUCUGAUAACUAUGUACAUGACACCAUGGAUCCACAUGCUGCAAGUGGUCGAAGUAUCACAGUCGAGAGUCAACGGAAGGAUUUGAAUACAAUAUUUUUGAAACUGCGCAUUGCUGAUUCAACAGGUCAUGCCCAAAACAUCCACUUCCCCUUUGAUAUUGAAGCAGACACCUCAAUCAGUGUUGCAACUGAGAUGGUUGUGCAGCUGGAUCUCACAGAUCAAGAUGUGACGGCGAUUGCAGAAAUGAUAGAUGCUGAAAUACGUUCGCAUAUUCCUGAUUGGGCAGCAGAGGAAUCAAUUGACAACCAAGGGGAUGAAGCUGCUCAUUCUGAUACCCAUAGUUCAGAAGGUGACGAGGGAACUUCUGAAUUCCGUAAUGAGGUUGAUGCCUCAUGUAACGGCUUUGUUCAAGAACAGCUUCCUUCUGGACGAAAGUACUGGUCGGACUCACCCAGGAGAGAUGGUGAAAUAUCUCAAUUGGUGGUGGAACCUGAAAUCGGUGAUAGUAUUCCCAAUGGAAUACCAAAGAGGAACAAAGUAGAUGACAUUGUGAACUGUGCAAGAGAUAAGGAGGAUCAAUCCUUUGGCUCUUCCAUCCAUCCUGUUGAAGGCAUGUUUGAACGAAUAUCAUCAUCUGUGGACUUGUCAAACUCAUCUGUGGUCGACAGCAUGUCUAGGGAAGCUUCUGUCGGUAGCAGCCCUCACUCUUUACAUGAUGAGCGGGAGCACAAUUCUGAUCAGCAUCUGGUAGCAGAUGUCACUGAGAGGUUAAUAAACCUGUUGGCUGAGCAGCAAGAGGAGCUUAGUGCACUGCAAAGGAAGCAUAAGGCAGACAUAGAGGACAUGUUGAAAAUUGUACCUGCAGAGGAUCGGGAAGAGACCUUAACUCGAUGCCGCUUGAAGAUGGAACAGAAAAACAGAGCCGACAAACCUUAG